ACAUUUGAGACACGGCGCUGUAAAGCUAACUGACGUGUUGAGGGAAAACAAACUGGCGAAGCUCAGCUUAGCUAAAAAUAAAAGUUAUAAUGUGUGAUUCCGUAUAUUCUUGUGAUUAGACACAUUGUAAAAAAAAUACUAUGGAUAUGUUAAAUAAAUUGACGUCUCUUUUCCAGCAGGCCCUGGAGACAAGAGAGCCUUCGGUAAAUCUGCUCGACUCCUUCGUCGAUCAUUGGAAAGGAAUAACCAACUAUUACAUUGAAACUACAGAUGAAGCACAGCCGGUGAAGCAGACAGACAUCCCGUGGAGACUAAAGCAGAUGCUGGACAUUUUGGUGUAUGAGGAGAGACAGCAGGAGGUGGAGGAGACAGGGCCCUGCAUGGAAUACCUGCUCCAGCACAAACUGCUAGAGACACUUUGCACGUUGGGAAAGGCUCAGUAUCCUCCUGGAAUGAGCCAGCAGGUCCUACUCUUUUUCUCCAAACUCCUGGCACAGAUCCAGAAGCCUAUGCUGCAUGUGAUUAAUGUGUAUCGACCUGUACAGAAGCUGAUUCGUCUGUGUGGGCUCCCUGACUCACAGACAGAGAAGGAGGAGUCGCUGUUCCUCUUUUCUGUUUGUUCUCGUGUAAACAAAGACCCGUACGUCCUCAACUACAUCCUAGGGACUAAUAAAGAAGCCCGGCUGCAGAGAUGUAGCUCCGCGUCAGAGGAAGGUGUAGAAGGAGCUUGUGGAGGAUCCACGCCGGAGAACUCGGCUUCUCCGUCUACGCAGAGCUCGAGCCAGCCAGACAUGUGUUUUAUCCAGAUUCUUGUGCGGCUUGGGGGAAGCCAGAAAAGCCGUGUGGCCUUGCGGGCGAAGGAGAGCGUGCUGCUCCUCACCAGCAUUCCUCAGGAGGACACGGCCAAGCUUCUGGCAGAGCAAACUCCACUGUGUGACCUUCUGGCUCAGAGAGCGUGUGAACUCUACAGUAGCAUCCCCACCACACUCCAUCCUGAGGACAUACACAUCUACACGUUAAAGCACUGGAGGACUCCGUUAUCUCCAGUCAGCGUGGAGGAAAGCCAGUCGUCUGCAGCGCAGGAGCACAUGGACAGGUUCUUCUGCUGGUUCGACUACUGCGAUCAGCUCAUUAAAGAUGCACCAGAGGCGCUUGCUGUUAAACUCGCCAGAGCUCUUCAUCAGCAGUGGCUCGCUGGAAUCAUUCAGCCUCAGCUGCUCCAGAUGUCGGAGGUUGGCGUUCUGGUUCACACGGCUUUCCUGUCACGUUGCGUACAUUACACGCAGUCCGCCGUCCUGCUGCACGAGCUGAUACACUUCCUGCUGGGCGGUGACACGCCCCGGGAGCAGCCGACCGACACGCCCCCGCGCACACACUCGCUACGCUACCAGCUCAUCAAACACUGCGACCACAUCUCAGACGAGAUUAGCAUCACUACCUUACGGCUGUUCGAGGAGCUCCUGAAGAAGCCCGACAAACACAUCUUGGCCAACCUGGUACUGCAGAACCUCGAGAGUCGCUCCUAUAGGGCGCCGGGUUCAGCGGGCCCCGAGGAGAGACCGGGAAACGAUACCGAUUUCCUGGAAGAGUCGGAAGAAAUGGAGGAGGAUCCUUUCUUCACAGACAGCGAGUUCAGCGGCUCGGAGCGUUUGCUGACCUUGUCCAGGGAAGACAGGAAGUCCAGCGCGCACACACAGAUAGCUGAAACCGUUAACAGUUUCCUGUGUUUAGUUCCUCAAGAGGCAAAAACUUCCCAGCACGUACAGGGAGCAGGACACGACACGUACGUCCACGAUGCUCUGAUAUCGCUGAAAGAGUGUACGAUUGUUUCUGCAGACUGGGGUUGGCCCGACACUCCGAAACCCCCCGAAGUCCGUCCCGGUAGCGGCGACUUUUACGAAGGCCACUUCCUCAAAGUGCUUUUAGACAGAAUCGCACGCAUCCUAGAGCAGCCAUACGAGCUGAACCUGCAGGUGACUUCGGUUCUGUCUCAGCUGGCCGUGUUUCCUCAUCCUCAUCUUCACGAGUACCUGCUGGACCCCUACAUCAGCCUGAGCUCUGGCACUCGCUCGCUCUUCUCUACACUCGUCCGUGUGAUCGGCCAGCUGAUGCAGAGGAUCCAGCACAUCCCAAACUUCACCCAGAGACUCAUCUCCAUCAGGAAACAGCUCAUGGGCCUGGAGGAGGAGACCGUAGCGGAACACGGUACGCUGUUGAAGGGCGUGAUCGUACUGGAGGAGUUCUGUAAGGAGCUGGCAGCCAUCGCAUUCGUCAAACUCCCUGCGGUCGAUCAGGAGCAUCUCUCAGCACCGUAAAUAGACAGAGGGACGGAACUCCAGGCGCUUCAGAGUUCACACGUGUUUGCACAGAGGAAGACGAGACUGUCGCCGCAGGUUACAGGACACACCGGCAUGGGUCACUUUCCGCUCACGCGGGGACGGUACGGCUCGGUACCGCUGUCACGCGGUUGGAGCCUUUUUACCUUUUUGAAGACAUUUGUUGACUUUAUUAAAACAGUUGAGAAUCUGGAUAAACGACGACAAUUUUACGACUUAUCGAAACAAAUAUCUGAAGCGAUGAAGGUGAGUUCUUUCUCACUCACUUCAUUAACACUAAAACUGAAAAAAAAAGUCUCAAAGUAUCCAUCCGAACGUGAUGAAGACGCAGUGGCCUUAUUUAGUAUUUAUAUUGUGUAUUUUUAUACACAGAAGUCACGGAAAAAUAAUAUUAUUUUUAAGUCAGAUAAUUUCUCAAAACAAUUUUCAGUCAAAAUUGUAAUGAUUUGGAUUUGCAAAAAAAUUUUUAAUGCAAAUUAUUUUCUUAGAAACUCAAGUGGCAUGGUCUUAAUUCUUGCUGCUGGAUCAGGUCUGACCCCACCCCCUGGGACAUUAACAAGAAUAUGCACAGGUGGGAGGGGCUGGAUCAGGUCUGACCCCACCCCCUGGGACAUUAACAAGAAUAUGCACAGGUAGGAGGGGCUGGAUCAGGUCUGACCCCACCCCCUGGACCAUUCAUUAGAAUAUGCACAGAGGGAGGGACUGAAUCAGGUCUGACUCCACCCCCUGGACCAUUAAUUAGUAUAUGCACAGGUGGGAGGGUCUGGAUCAGGUCUGACUCCACCCCCUGGACCAUUAAUUAGAAUAUGCACAGGUGGUAGGGGCUGGAUCAAGUCUGACCCCACCCCCUGUGACAUUAAUUAGAAUAUGCCCAGGUGGGAGGGGCUGGAUCAGGUCUGACCCCACCCCCUGUGACAUUAAUUAGGAUAUGCACAGGUGGGAGGGGCUGGAUCGGAUCUGACCCCACCCCCUGGACUUUUGUUUCUACAGCAAGGGGUCCUUGGUGUAGUUAGCUGGAUUAGAGCAAUAAAAUAGUGUGUUCGAGAAGAUCACCUUUAUCUGUACAUGUCAUGAAACAUUAAAAAAAACAUAUUUAUAUCGAUCAUAAAACAUACGCUCAUGCUGCGUUACAUAAAAUACAAAAUCCCAAAGAGUACCAAAUGGCCACAGGUGGCGACAAUAUCAAAUUGUAGUGUCCAUGCUCAAAUAUUUUGCACAUUGAAUAUUAAGAUAUAUCGAUUAUAUACUUUUAUUUAUUGUUAUUGUCCAACAGCACAGUUUAAUUAACCUGAGUUUGGAGAAUCCUGAGCCAUCAAACAUUCUCUCAUUUCAUCUUCACUACUCAUCGAGUGUCCCGUUGUGAUCUCCUUUAAUCGUCAUGUAUUUAAUGUGUAUUUAAUGAUUAAAACGAUCUCAGUGAUGCGUCUAGAACACUCGAGACUUAGUCUUAUAUUAUUAUUUAUACUUUAAUAUUAUCAUUAUAGGAUUUUAAAUCCGUAUGGAAAACGGCUUAAGUCGACUUUAUUAAGGGUGUUUCUGUGCAUGUGGACAUUUAUUAUUAUUAUUAUUAUUAUUAUUAUUAUUUGUUUUAAUUACUGAAUCAGACAGUAAGAAACGGUAUAUAUUUCUGGUCAUGUUUUGUUGUCUUUUCUUUUUAAACUUGUGGGUUUUUCCCUCCCUUUUUUUUUCUUUCUUUGACGAAUUCAGUCUUUGUUGUUGAAGUUGUUCAGACUUGUAAACGUGAAACAAUCCGAUCUGUGUGCACACACGGAUAAUAUAAAGACGACAAUCGUGAUA